AUGGUUGGAAUCACCCUUUCCCGUACCCUGGGGAUUUUCUUGGGCCUCCUGACGGUCGUCAGGUCGGAAUCCGCAACAUGCAGCCAAGUCUCAACCGGCACUAGCAUCCAGAAGUUUCAAGGUCUCGAUAUCGGCUACACCUCAGAGCAGCUGAACUACUGGUCCACAGCAUGUGGUAACCUCAAACCUGGAUGCAUCUUGGUCCCCACCAGCGCCGAAGAGGUCUCCGCCAUUGUCAAGGUUUUGGGAACCAACAACGAGACUUUUGCCGUCAAGUCGGGAGGACACAACCCCAACAACUACUAUGCCAGUGUGAAGGAUGGGCCGCUCAUCUCCACUAAGGGACUCAAGGAGGUCAUCUACGACAAGGCGAGCAACACCGUUAGUGUGGGACCUGGCAACAAGUGGGAGGAUGUCCAUGCCGCUCUCGACGGGACCGGAGUUACAGUCGUCGGCGGCCGAAUUGGAAACGUUGGUGUUGGUGGAUAUUUGCUUGGAGGUGGACUCAGCUUCCUGAGCACUCAGUAUGGCUGGGCUUCGAACAACAUUGUGUCGGUCGAGAUGGUUCUGGCCAACGGAACGAUUGUAACCGCAUCGAACACGACGAACCCCGAUCUUCUAGCUGCCAUCAAGGGCGGCGGCAAUGCCUUCGGUAUCGUAACCCGAUAUGUGUUGAAAGCCCACCCCAUCGGUCAGAUCUGGGGUGGUAACUUGGUCUUCGGUGCCGACAAGACCGACAAGAUUCUCGCAGCCAUUCGCAACUUCACCGAGAAUUACGACGACCCGAAGGCAGCCAUCAUCGCCACCUCCGAGCUUACCGUGCUGAACCUCGUUGACAUCUGGAUCCUGUUCCUUUUUUACGACGGCCCCGAGCCUCCCGCCAACGUCUUCAACGAGUUCCUCGACAUCGGCCCGACCAUCAAUAGCUGCAAGACCCGAUCCUACACGGACCUUCUGACAUCCAACAACCAGUUCGUCCUGAAGGGCAGCGUCUACACCAUCGCGACCGAGACGACCCCCCUUCCUUCCGCUGCCGACGGUGCGAAGGUGAUGCGUUCGUAUUACGACCACUGGUACAACACAUCAUCUGCGAAGGCCGGCGUCUUCGGCAUGAUUGCAUCCAUUGCCUUCCAGCCUAUUCCAAAAUCCUUGCCCCGCAUCGCACGUGAGAACGGCGGUGAUCUCUUGGACCUUGAUGACGAUGUUGACAGAAUCAUCUUUGAGUUUGAUUACUCCUACGUUUCACAGCUUGAUGACGCCACGAUUGACAAGACCAUGGUUGACUUGUACUCUGGCAUGAAGACUCGGGUGGAUGGUUUCAUUGCGGACGGCACCCUUCCGGACAUCUACAGGCCACUCUUCAUGAACGACGGCUACUUCCGACAGGACUACUGGGGGAGGUUGAAGCCAGAGAAGCGGCAGCUCGCUCAGAAGGUUCGAGCGGAGGUUGACCCAACGGGCAUGUUCCAGCAAAGGACUGGGGGCUUCAGAUUGUGA